UUAAUUAUAUAGUAUAUAGUUGGAUUGGCGAGAUUACUUUGUUUUGCCGGCGUGCCAAGAGCUUUAUAAAGACCAAAUUGCCCGAGCAAUUUUAGUUGGUCUUUCGCUUUGCAGCUGUGAGCUUCUGUCUGGGAAUAUUAUUUGGGAAUAAAAUCAACACUACAAAACACAAUGGAUUUCUACUACUUGCCCGGUUCUGCACCAUGCCGUUCAGUACUCUUGACUGCCAAGGCUCUUGGCAUUGAAUUGAACAAGAAAUUGUUGAAUUUGCAAGCUGGUGAACAUUUGACACCCGAAUUCUUGAAGAUCAAUCCACAACACACCAUUCCCACCUUGGUGGACAAUGGCUUCGCUUUGUGGGAAUCUCGUGCCAUUCAGGUUUACUUGGUCGAGAAAUACGGCAAGGACGAUGCUUUGUUCCCCAAAUGCCCCAAGAAGCAAGCUGUCGUCAAUCAACGCCUGUACUUCGACAUGGGUACCCUGUACAAAGCUUUCGCCGACUACUACUAUCCACAACUCUUCGCCAAGCAACCAGCUGAUCCUGAGAUGUACAAGAAGAUUGAUGUUGCUUUCGAAUUCUUGAAUACUUUCUUGGAAGGCAACAACUGGGUGGCUGGCGAUCAAGUGACCGUAGCUGACUUGGCUAUUUUGGCUUCGGUAUCAACCUUCGAGGCGGCGAGCUACGACUUCAGCAAGUUUGCCAAUGUUGCUAGGUGGUACGAGAGCGCCAAGAAAGUGCCAGGUUGGGAAGAGAACUGGGAAGGCUGCUUGGAAUUCAAGAAAUUCUUUAACUAAAGAAAUACUUAUUGUUAACUUUGUUAUUGUAUUGAAUUUACGUUUUGUGUAAAUUAUAAUUUAUGUGAUUUUCGCACAUGCUUUUGUAAUAAAUAUUUAAUUGAAAAGAACAAUA